CUUCCCUCAUAUACAUAACACGAAUCUCGCUCACUGACAGCCCUCUGCGCAUACACAGUCAGCUAUUAUCAUACACGUAGCAUUGGCACUCGUUCUACAGGUAGAAAAACUCCUUGGAUCACCUCCGACAGCAACGCCUCGUCAUCGAGCCAAGCUCCAUCCCUUGGAGGCUGCUGCUUAAGCCCUCAACUGCUUUCUCACUACCACAGAAGUACAUUCUUUCGAGAGACCUACGAAGCUCUUGCGAGACAUCUCAUAUUCAUCAUUGUCGAUCAUGGCGGAAGUUGAGGCUGCGCCUAAACAGAAUAGUACGUGGCAUAAUCGCCGGCGCCCGUUUUCGCAAUGGGUCAAACGCCUUGCGAACCUCAAAGGUUCAUCGUCAGAUUCCAACAAUAAUACAAACAAAAAAGGCUCACCUUCGAAGUCCAAGAAGGCUACUCGCUUGAAGAACAAUCCAUACCCUGAAUCAGGAUACCCUCAGGCUCACAAUAAGGAUGCCAACGGCCAUCCCUCCCCCUUCAGUCCCGCUAGACAUUCAGCUGGGAGCUUUGGCUCUAUAGACGAACAAGGAGGAACAGGAGAUCAACGUGCGCCUACUAUCAGCAAUAAAUCCGCAGCACCAACAGUCACAACCAAUCCAGAGACUGUUCACUCGGAGACAGGACAAUCAAAGGCUGAGACUAGUCGCUCAGCCGGAGGGGGGAACAGCACUUUCUCCUCCCCGAACCAUUCAGAGCGAUCUCUUACCACAACCCUCACGACAAUUCAGUCCACGGCUGCGUCAGGCCUUUUGACAACGCAAAAUGGAGGAAAUGUUGCCAACGCUCCACAAGGAAGCCAGAAUCCUGUGCAAUUCACUCAUCAGUUCCCUGUAUCUCCGGCUUCGGCGAUACCACCGCAUCUGGCACCACACAACGUUCCGCAGACAUACCAAGCUGCCACUGCGAACGGUGUACUUACUGACAACGCAUCCAUCCUCACACUCGCGUCAUCCUCAAAGCGACGCCGACGUAAUUCACUAGAUACCAAUGCUUCUGUUCGAGCUUUAGCGCCAUCAUCAGUAUGGGGAGGAAGUCGCGAAUCACUUCCCUUGAGUGUUCUUAGUGAUCGUGUUGAUGGAGCCACGUCGACAAAUCAAGGACCCCGACCUACUACAAUGACGGGAUUUGCAAGUGCGGAGCGAGCCAGCGUUUACUCAUCGUCAGGUGCUGUAGCCCCUACAUUGAGUAGUGAACGCAAUAGCUAUUAUGCCAGCAAGCAGAUUGAUGGAGCGAGCGUACGUAGUGGCAAGCUCGGUCAUGGUCGCUCGGAAAGUAUCACUGGUAGCAUCGGCGGCAUCACACCUAGCAGCCCUCUUGCCAGCCCGCGGGACCCAUUUCCCCUACGCAUCAGCCGAAGGAGUUCAGACUGGAAACGCGCUGACAGCGAUACCGAAGAGGAACAAGAAGAGGACACCAUAAUUGCGAAGGGAGACCCGAAGGUACAGACAUCCUGAGCAGACGCUGGAGUACUGGCGUAUCACGGGAA